AUGUGUGAAUUAGACUGGGAUAACAUGGGAGUGAAAGUGGACGGUCGGCAUUUACACCAUCUUCGUUUCGCAGAUAACAUCGUUCUGAUAACAUCAAGCACUAAUCAGCCGGAACCAAUGCUGACCGAAUUCCACGAAACAUGCAACAUGUGGAUGCAAUCUUCAGCUGAACGUAGACAAGACGAUAUUCAUGAGGAACGGAUGGGCUUUUGA